ACGACAUUUCCGACAUAUUUAUUUUUAUACAUACAUACUUGUCUGAAAAAUGAGAUAUUAUAUUUUUGUAUUGUAAACAAUUACAGAAAUCUGACAAAACCUGAUUUGAUGAUAACAAAAGCAUUAUCCUGGUUCAAAGGAUUCAGGUAUAGACUCAAGAACUUUUAUAUAAUUCUAAUUAAUGGAUUUGGAUCAACAAGUAGCUGAACCAAGUAAAUCAAACAUUACUACACGUCAAGCUACAAUAUACGAUGAGAAGUAUUCGGUUUUCGUGGAGAAUGUACUAAAAGAAACAGCCAGUGAUUUUGAGAGAGAAAAAAAGUUCUCUGAUCAAAAUCUGCUAAAACUAUACAAAUUAUUUGACGGAGUAUUUGAAAGAGCUUUAGAUUUAUAUGAACAGAAACGAGUGACACAAAUUUCUACGUCCAAUGUGAUUAUAACAGAAUCUUGUAAGAGUACAAAUGAAGCCAAUUGGUUGAUGCAAGUCAAGGGACAUUCUGGAGCAUUGUACACACUUUUCCCUGAAAUAAAUUAUUGUACUUGUACUGCUUUUAGACAACAGGUACUAAAAGAUCGAUCUGCUUUCACUUGUAAACACGUCUUGGCUGCCUGGCUUGCCAGUGUGGAUAAUGAGAAAUUAUUACAUCAGCAACUAACACAAAAACAAUUUGACGGUUUAUUAUUAUAUCAGGUUUCAUACAAGUACAAUGUUUUCUAAUACGAAAGACCAUACUUUGGU